AUGUAUAUGCUAUCGGAUGAGGAGGUAGCCUACUCUAACAGUCUGUACAGUGGGGAAACCGGGACGGAGGCGAACGGUACUAGUGAGGAGCAGUCCCAUGGAUACGAACGGAGCCAACUCGACAGCUUCGACAGGACAGGUCAUACACGUGGGAAGGCCUACACGUAUAACAGAUGGCGAAAACGCGCACAUCAAAGUGUGAGCCAAAGUGAAGACCAAAGUGAAGGCCAAAGUGAAUACCAACAGGAAGAGGACUACAGUGAGUAUGGGCGUGAAAACCAGAAUAUGUACCAGCUUGAGUGUGAAAGUCCGCCCCAAGGGGAAGGCGAACUAUUCAAGUACGUCUGCAUAGCAUCGAUAGAGGACGCGGAAAUUUUAUUCAAGUGCAGCUUCCUUCCCCACGAUUUGGACGCCGCCGCGAAUUACACCAUAAAAAAAAUAUUGGGCGCUUCGAAAAGGAAAUUAAAUCACUGUAAUAAAAAAAUGCUCAACUGGGACAACAAAAUUAUCUACUUCACAAUUUGCGCGGAAAAAAAAAUGGCCUUCUUCCUAAUCGGACUGCAUAUGAAAGCUUAUUUCAAAAAUUACGCAUUCGAGUUUUUAAAGAAACUGGAAAUAUAUACCAAGUCCGAUUUAUUUUCUGGCCAAAAUUACAAAGCCAAAAAUAUUAACCCCUCCAAAAUGCACACCACGGAAGCAUUCUUACAACGCACAAUUAAAGGCAUAAAUAAAUGUUGCCGUGAUGAAAAAAUUAUAGCAGUAAAACAAAAGCUACACAAAAUAAAUUCCGUCAUGAAUAAUCACAUCGAUAAUUUAUACCAGUCCAGGGGAAAUAUAAAAGCGCUCAAAUAUAAGACGCAAGAUAUGUCCAAAAAUACGUUGCACUUUGUUCAAAAUAGUAAAAAAUUGAAAAGAAUUAUGUUCGUGAAGUAUUGGAAGACGUAUGCCCUCCUGGCUUGUUUCGCCAUCAUAGGGUUUAAGGUCUACCGAUCCAUAUGA